CGACACAGCAAAAUUUCCUGUCGAAUAAGCUUGACACACUCGGUCCGCGGGAAAAUGACACAGCGGGUGGCGUUGGUAACUGGAUCCAACAAGGGCAUUGGUUUUGCCAUUGUACGCGCUUUGUGCAAACAACUGGACAAUGGAAUCGUCUACCUGACUGCCCGGAAUGAGGAGAGAGGGAAGGAGGCCGUGGCCAGACUCAAUCAGGAGGGACUCCAGCCUAAGUUUCACCAGCUGGACGUGACCGACCGAGACAGCGUGAGAAAGCUGAAGGAUUUCUUGAAGGAAACACACGGAGGCUUGGACAUUCUGGUCAACAAUGCUGCGAUUGCCUUCAAAAUGAAUGCUACUGAAACAUUCGCUGUUCAGGCAUCAGUUUCAAUGGAAGUCAAUUUUACCGCACUGCUGGACGUCAGCAGGACACUUAUUCCCCUUGUUCGUUCCCACGGAAGAAUCGUCCAUGUAGCCAGCACAUCGGGGAAGUGGGCGUACGACGAAAUGAGCGCAGAGGUCAAAGGUCGUUUCCAAGCAGUCAAGACAGAGCAAGAUGUUGAACAGCUCAUGAAAGAAUUUGUGGAGUCUGCCAACGCUGGUGAUCACACGGCUAAAGGUUGGCCAAACUCCGCGUAUGGAACCAGCAAGAUGGGGGUCAUCGCACUUACGAAAAUCCAAGCAGCUGACUUGGCCAAGGACAAGACAAGGGAAGAUGUCCUUGCGACUUGUUGCUGUCCGGGCUAUGUAGACACAGACAUGUCCUCUCACAAAGGACCGUUGACCAUUGACCAAGGGGCAGAGACACCAAUCUACUUGGCCCUGCUGCCGCCUGGCUCCGAGAACCUCAACGGAAAGAUGUUCAGUAAGAAGGAACUGCUCGAGUUCUGGUAGAGUCCAGGAACUAGACUGCAACGACUGGAGUACAGCUGAAGAAACUAAUAAAAUUGAUUUUCGAAGUGUUUACAGCAAAAAAAGGAAAACCGUAUUUGCCUUUUAUUGAUUGUUGCAAAGUCUCCUCCUUAUGGACACAAUCGCAAACUCAUUUAAAUUAUCCUGAGGAAACUUGACAGACUUUGAACAUUGGGAAGAAAAUUAGAAACUUAAUUGAUUUCAAAAUGGAAGCCGCAAGAAAGUUAUGAAGUUCUUGUUGCAAAGUGUCUUCCACAGGGACACAAGCCUCAAAAUCCUGUGGGAACGAGACAGACUUGAAUUAGUAGUAGAGCAAAAGAACCAGACUGAAUUGAUUUACAAAAUGUUUACAGCUAAAAAGCCAAUCCUCAAGACACUUAUCAUGUAUUCAUUUAAUUGUUGCAAAGUGCCUUCCACAGGGACACAAGCCUCAAAAUCCUGUGGGAACGAGACAGACUUUGAAUUAGUAGUAGAGCAAAAGAACCAGACUGAAAUGAUUAAAUGUUUACAGCUAAAAAGCCAAUCCUCAAGACACUUAUCAUGUAUUCAUGUAAUUGUUGCAAAGUGUCUUCCAUAGGGACACAAGCAUAACAAUCUCCUUUAUAUUAAAAACUUAAUCUGCAAGUGUUCUUGAUGAAGUCAAAGGGUGUCUUAGGUUUAGAUAUUUUUUCAAAUCAUUUGAAGCUUUCAUUUUUAUUAUGGCUACAAUUUUUAUAAACCUCCCAUGAAUUUUAUUCAUUAAAAGAAAGGACAAAUUAAAAUCUGAACUUGUCUUAACUUGGAACAAGUCUGCGUCUGAAAUCACUUUUAAGUUUGUAAAAUAUUAUGAUGUCAUACAAUUUUUUUUGU